GGAGCGGAGUGAGUGCACGUAAUCGGCGAUACCUACGUUUUUUCAAUUUAAUGAGACGAGGAAAUUAUUGUAAAUCGUCCUCUUAUCUCCAAGAUAUGAAAUUGCGGUUGUUAUCUAAACACUGUACCUUUCGUAUCUAAGACUACGAGUGUUGAUUGUGAUGCCGACGUAUUUUGAUUGUCUAAAGUAAUAAGUAGUGAAAAAACGAGUUGUUCUGUGUAAGCAUCCGUUGUGUUUUAUUUUGUGACAAAGAUUGGAUAAAAAGCAAAAAUGCAGGCAAUCAAGUGUGUUGUUGUUGGAGAUGGUGCCGUCGGUAAAACAUGUCUGCUCAUCAGUUACACUACAAAUGCUUUUCCCGGCGAAUAUAUACCUACAGUAUUCGACAAUUACUCGGCGAAUGUCAUGGUAGAUGGAAAGCCAAUCAACUUGGGCCUUUGGGAUACAGCCGGACAGGAAGACUACGAUCGACUCCGCCCCCUCUCCUACCCACAAACGGACGUCUUCCUUAUAUGUUUUUCGCUCGUCAACCCAGCCUCAUUCGAAAACGUUCGGGCCAAGUGGUAUCCAGAAGUUCGGCAUCACUGCCCGUCGACGCCCAUCAUCCUGGUCGGGACCAAGCUCGACUUACGCGAAGACAAGGACACCAUUGAGAAGCUCAAGGACAAGAAACUAGCCCCGAUCACCUACACGCAGGGUUUGGGCAUGUCCAAGGAGAUAAACGCUGUCAAGUAUUUGGAGUGUUCGGCGCUGACGCAGAAGGGCCUGAAGACCGUGUUUGACGAGGCGAUUCGCGCCGUGCUAUGCCCGGUGCAGCCCAUCAAGGGCCGGCGGCGGCAUUGUAGUCUCUUCUAGAAGGGACGCGACAUCACAGCUAUCGCACAGACGUCGGAGCCGGUGUGCGCGUCAGAGCUCACACGAACAUCCAACAACGCCGCGACACACAGCUAAUGCGCCGUCAACCGGACCGCGAUACGCACACGCAAACGUUAGCGCGCACCGCCCAACGAUACGCGCGACGUAGCGGGGGUCAGUGUGUGUCAAGUCCCUAAUGUAACUUCGUUUAAUCGUACACUGAAUAUUUGGAAUGUCACUCGACUUUAAUAGGAGUAUGUAGGGUCUGUAACACACGGGGCGAGGGGAGUUGGGAGGGGGCGUCUCUUUUCAACGCCAUACUUUGGUUAGUUUUAAAUUUAGGUAUUGUUUUUGGAAAUACUAUUUUCGCAAUGCAAUUAUUUAAGAUUAUAAUUGUGAUUCAUCAUUAACAACAGACUUCUCUAAAAACAAAAUAUUUGGAAUGUCACUCGACUUUAAUAGAAGUCUGUAGGAUCUGUAAUACACGGGGCGAGGGGUGUUGGGACGGGGCGACUCGUUUCAACGCCAUACUUUGGUUAAUUUUAAAUUUAGGUAUUGUUUUUGGAAAUGUUAUAUUUGCAAUGCAACUUAAGAUCAUAAUUGUGAUUCAUUAUUAACAACAGACUUCUCUAAAAACAAAAUAUUUGGAUUGUCACUCGACUUUAAUAGCAGUAUGUAGGGUUUGUAAUACCCGGGGCGAGGGGUGUUGGGAGGGGGCUUCUCUUUUCAACGCCAUACUUUGGUUAAUCUUAAAUUUAGGUAUUGUUUUUGGAAAUGGUAUUUUUGCAAUGCAAUUUAAGAUAACGAUUGUGAUUCAUUAUUAACAACAGAUUUCUCUAAAAACAAAAUAUUUGGAAUGUCGCUCGACUUUAAUAGCAGUCUGUAAAAUGAAAAUCGGCUAAAAAACAAAUGAGAAAGAGAUACAAAACGGUUUUGUCUCAAUCUAUUCAGAUAUAUAGUAUAGAUUAAUAUUGAUCAUUAUGGUAGAUAUACCAAAAGUUAACGAAAAGGGAUAUCGAGUGUUAUAGAUCCUUAAAGUCAACAAGUAACCAUAGAUAUAGAAAGAGGGUACGUGCCGGCUUUUUUUUUUAAAUAAAUAUUAUCUAUGGCUCCUGUCAAACAAUAAGGCUGUCAUCACACUGUCAGUCAUGAGUGACGUUCCACUUAUUCAAUACGAACAAAAUGUUUGGGUGCUUUCGUCGUUUACGCGUUUUUUUUCUUUUUCUUUGCCAUUUUACAAAAUAACUACAUUCCUACGUUGUUGCUGAUUUAACUUGCGUUCGGUACUACAAAUUUAUUUCCCUAUAAAGAUCCCGUUGACUGUUGUCGGUGAAUUAAAUGAAAUUGUUAAAUUUUGCACGUGCACAGGUUCGAUAGUGCAUAUUGUCGUUGCAAAUUUGAAAUCUAUUGCAUAAAGUGGUUUUCGAGAAAUAAAAAAACUAUGUAGCUUCUGAAAAAAACACUUUUUUUUUGCACACAGGAUACUUUGGUCUAUAAUAAAAUGCAAACAGACACUUAGGAUUUUUUAAGAUUGACGCGUAAUAAAGUGAACUAUUGAGUGAGAUAAACACAUGGCAGUUUUUACUGAGUAUAGGUAUUCAAAAUGUUUUGGCCCAAAAUAUCGCAUAGGAGAUUUUAAAUUUGCAACGACGACAUAUUCGUUCAUCAUUUUACCUAAAGAUAAAUAAAUAUAUGUUCUAUGUUUGUAGAAAUAAAGUUCAUUAUGAAGUAAACUCUCGCGAGCGCCCUCCCUCGGUUGUCACGCGGAACUUGUGUACGUGAUAUAUAUAAAAAAACAUUAUACCUAUACAUAUAUAUAUUUUUUCGAUUUAGCUAGCUUAUUUAAUGAUUUUGUUCUGCGUUGUUGUCAAUGUAAUUAAUGGGUGUCUUAUAAGUACAGUAUUUGUUUAUAGGUGAAUGUUGUAACAAUGAUGUAUUUUCGAUUUCAAAUUUUUUGUUGCAAAUUAAAUAAUAUUAAUACACGAAUAGAUUUUGAUUACCAAAAAAUAAUUAACAGGCAACCCCGAAAGGAUAAAGGUAGACGUUUUGGUCAGAUUACCACGGAGAAAUCCUGCGCUAAAUUGUGGUCACACGAGUGUGUGGCGAAUUUCUAUCAAGUUGUCCGCCUGGGGUAUACUUAUCGAGGGGUGAAAGGUGUUUGGUUUAAGUGACAUAUUUGCAACUUUACAGGAGAGUCAUUUAAAGUUUAAAAUUCAUUUAAAUAUCAUAAAAAUAUAUCAUAACAAAAAAUCUUGGUCAGCUAGUUGACGGUUUGAUUUGAGUAUUAAACGGUAGGCAGCGGCUUGGCUCUGCCCCUGGCAUUGCUGAAGUCCAUGGGUAACCACUCACCAUCAGGUGGGCCGUAUGCUCGUCUGCCUACAAGGGCAAGAAAAAAAAAAAAAAAGAAUGGAGUAAACUUAAUUGAAGUUCAAUUCAGAGAACAUCAAAUUUUUGAUGCUAAAUACCAAAUAAAAUGCACCUUUAAUCACAAAGAUAAAUUUGGCGUAUUAAGCGAAAUAUCGCUUAAACCAAAAUAGUCUUUCACCCCAUCGAUAUAAACGUACACAGCUGCAUAAAAUAGAUUUAAUGUUUUAAUACAUUGGUGUUUUUUGGUAAUUAAAUGAUAACAGUGCGUUGUAUAAACGAUAUUGUGUAAUCUUCGCUGGCGACGCUUCUGUGUUACGUAGGUACGUUUGUAAUUAUCAAUGAGUGUUUAUAUCAAUUCGUUUCGUAAGGCAAUCAUUAAUUAGUAGGUAGUAACCGCUUCGUUAAUGUGUUUCGUGCCCUCAAUGUUUGAUAUAUAAAUAAUUGGUGAGCUCUUUGCGGACGGCCGAUACUGUGGAUACAUAUCGUUUGUUGAAGUGUGGCCAAAAGGACAUAAGUAUGGUCAGCAGAAAAAAAAAAAUUGUUUUGGUGAUAAUUUAAUUUAACAAAUUUUUUUUCGCAUACUAUAAUUACAAUAGUUAAAUUAUCAUCAAAAACAAAUGAAAAAAUUCAGCGAGCAAACAAUAUAUAAGUCUUCAAAGAAUUAAAUGGAAUCGCACAAUUGGACCAUUCAAUGUAUACUAGUUGAAUGGUCGCCGAUAUACUUUUAAAUCGAUUUAUAUCAAUUAAUCAGUACACUAUUGAUCGAUAACGAGACGAAUAAUCGUUUUGAAAAUAUUUUAUUUUAUUAUUUUAUUUUUGUCUCUAUUUGUGCGAUGAAGCAUUUAUGUUAGCACAUACGUUAUGCAAUAUAAUUCAAAAGCAAAAAAGAAAUGUAUUCUUAAACUAAUUAUUGAAAACUGUUUUGUUCCAGAAAACAAUGCGUUUUUACAUUUUUUACAACUGAUUUCUAUGGGUAAAAAUUGUAACCAUUAUUUGAUUGUUUCGUCUAUAAUAUUACUUUUAUGAGAGUAAACAAAAUUUAUGAAACAAAAAUAAACUCGCCAAGCAAAUGAUAUCGAAUGAAAUAGAACUGUGCAUAGAUGACAUCAAAGAUCGACUGAAAAAUCGAAUGUCAAUUGUUUACUUGGAAUCGAUAUGAAUUAAAAAAAAAAUCGAUUAAAUCCUCCCAUCGCAAUAAAACGUUUUCGUUAUCAAUGAAUAGUCAGUUCAGUGUCAGGAGGCAUUUCUAUGUAAAUGUGAUAAAAACAGGUUUAGGCCUUAAUUGACGGCCGCGUCGCCAUAACAACACACAAGAAUUAUCGAAAAUUGUAUCAUUCCUAGACGAGUUACAUCUAGCACGAAACUCAACUAGGGAUGUGCCUUUUGUCGAUAAUACUCUGUACAGGAGAUCGAUGCUCGGCGUUGAUUAACAUCUUGGUUAUUUCGUCUUAUACGUCCUUGAGCGUCUAAAUGUACUCGCCUAGUUCCACACUGUUGUCUUUAAAUUUGGUUUCCCGCCUUUUAUGAGUAGCGCCAUCUUAAGGAACAAAUUGUUUGGGAAUAAAAAUGAUUGUGCCCAAAAACAAACAUGAUUUUACAUGAGUUUAUAAAGUUUAUUUUGGAAUAUAACUUUUAUUUUUUCGUUUACCCACCCCCGCUAUUUCCACAUGCAUUUUUAUAAAGUGAAUCACUUAAGGAAUACAAAACAUACGACGUCGUAUCAUAAAUCUAUAGCUAUUCGUAAACGGCACUAAGUUGAUUAACGCCUAAACCGACUCCUCAAAACAUGAAACUUUUUUGUAUUAAGAUGAUUAAACGUAAGCUUUCGUAUCUAAGGUGUGUGCAAUUGUUGUUGCUUUUGUCGUAAUAUAUAGCGUCGCGUUUUUUCUCUUUUUUUUCUUUUGUUGCCAUAGCGUGCCGCGCUUGUGUGAUUGCGGGAGAGGCUCCUUUAAAAACGUACCAGAUUUAGAGAUCGAAAACAGAUAGUUACUCUUGGGAAUUUAUCGAUGCGUGCAUAUUUACGAGCUAAUGCCUCGUCUACACGCUCCGUGCUGCCCGCGCUUUUAUCUACACACAUAAAAGUUUUCCACACAUUACAUACCCAAACGUGGCGUAUUGUGCAAUCCUAUAAAAACGCGCUUUGUGUAAUAAUUGUCUUCCUAAAGGUAUUCUUGUAGUGAACGAACGUGUUGCCUUGAGCUAGUUCGUCUACACCAGCCUUUCCCAAAGUGGGUCGUAACGCCCCCUGGUGAGCACUGCACGCCUAAAGGGCGACCCUAAGAGGCCCAAAAAAAAGGGGCGUUGUGUAGAGGCUUGGAAGGCAAAUUGUACUUUUAUCUAGAAGGACUCUUAGACACCGACUACGCGACUGAGCUCUCGCUAUAGUGGUUUUUAAGUAGGUGAAAAAAUGGGGGCGCUAGAAAAUAAUUUAUUCUCGAAGUGGGCAGUAGACAAAAUAAAUUUGGGAACCUCUGGUCUACAUGUUCGGGUAAAUUUGUUUGGGACUAGAUUCCAACACAAACUGCAAAGAUGGUUCGAUCUUUUCUAACUUGCUGGGAAUUUUGUAUAAAACAAGAAGCUAAUUGAAAGCGUUACUGACGUAUAAUUCUCUAUUGUUCAUACGAUCCCACUGUUGGAUGUAUGCAACCUCAGUAUUAAUCACGGAAGUAGGACGGAGCGUGAAGAUUGCUACAAAAAGUUGCCAGCGCGCGGCAUCUGCGUUAGCAUGAGCGAUUUGUCCACUAAGGACCGCUUUAUGCCGGUGCGAGCCAAGAAGAAAGUAUAUUUCGUUUUUUAUCAUCAUCCACCCCAAAAGAACAAGCUCGAACAAUUGCACAAAACGUAGCUAUAAGGUUUUAAUGUAUGUAUUGUUCAGAUGCAAAUAUUUAGAAGAAUCACCGUGUAAAUAACGAUGUAUUAGUAUUAAAACACAAAAACGAUUUAAAUUAACAAAAUUAAAAAAAAAGAUGAAUAAAGUAACGAACGCGCCAUGUAUAGUUGGUGUUGCAUUUUUUUAUAAAUAAAAAAGUAAGUCGUAAUUAGAGAGGGGGCUUCAUAUUAUGAUAAGUUUUUAAUCGUAUUCAAUUUAUUAGUAUUAGUAAUUUACAUUUUACGAUUUUUGUUUUUAAAAUCCGAUAUCGUUUUGAAACCUCACAUCGAUCGGUUCUCUCUGAGGCAACAUCAAACCUUUUAUUUUUAAACUUGUUAUUGGUAUGUUACUUGUUCAAUUGUAUUUUAAGGUAACCAUUACUUUUAAAAUGUAUGUAUGUUUUAACAAAAUGUAGAGCUUUCAUUAAAAACGCUUGUAUACUGUUAACGUUUUUUUUUUUUUGUUUGUUUUAAUUCGAACCAGUAAACUAAUUAGACGCUGCAUAACUGUGUUACGAAUAAUGAAAAGAAAAUUGUCUGUCAAUAUUCUUCCAAAUAUUGUAAAGCCUCUGAAUAAUUCAAAAAUAUAUUUAUAUUAACUGUUCAAA